AUGAGACGACAAAAGAACGAAGGCGAUAAUAAAAAUCGUGUAGCAGUUGUUGCUAAUGAUGAUCUUCUUAUUGCUUAUAGUGAGAAUGCCAUUAAUCUUGUUUGUGAUAAGUUUAGCUGUUUGAUGUAUGCAAUGAUUUGCAAAAGACCGGAUGUUGCUCAUGCUGUUGGUAUUGUUAGCUGGAAGCCUAUUCUUUGUGGUUCUACUGAUUCAGAUAUAGCUGGUGAUGUUGAUACUCACAAGUCUACUUCAGGAUAUUUGGUUACUUUUGCAGGGAAGCUGUGUCUUGGAAAUUUAGGUUGUAAAAAUUUGUUGCUCUAUCUACUAAAGAAGCUAAGCUUAUUGUUGUCGUUGAAGCUUGACAGUGAUAUGGAAGCUGCAUUGGUACACGCAGGAUGUUCGGCAAUUGGUGCUUUUCUUCAAGUUCUGUUCGACAGGAUGGCUACCCGGGACUUCCUGAAUUUGUUCAGGGGUAGAAAGAGGGACACCAAGAUUUUGAAGAAGCUUCAGACAACGUUGAAGACACUUAGUAUAAUGCUGGAUGAUGCGGAGACAAGGGAAAUGAAUGAUGAGCAUGUCAAAGGGUGGCUUGACGACCUUAAAGAUGUUGUGUGCUGUGCUGAUGACCUGCUGGAUGAGGUCAACACUGAAGCAUUGCGGAUAAAAGUGGAAGGAGAAACCGAAGUAGAACAAGGCGGACAUACAAGCCAGAAGGGUCAUCAGGUAUCAAUAAUUAAUGCUAAGAAAGCGUCUUUAAGACUACCGUCAACUUCUUUGGUUAGUGAAUCAAUUGUGAUUGGAAGGGGUAGUGAAAUAGAGAAGAUAAUAAAUUUGCUCUUGCCUGAAGAUGCACACAACAAAGAAAUUGGUGUAAUUCCUGUUGUGGGGUUAGGUGGAAUCGGCAAAACAACUCUUGCUCAAGUUGUUUUCAAUGAUGAGAGGGUGAAAUAUCAUUUCAAUUUGCGGGCAUGGGUGUGUGUCUCUGAAAAUUAUGAUGCUUUGAGGAUAACUAAAUCGUUACUUGAGGAAGUUGGAUCAUCAGGAGUAGGUACAAGUGAUAACUUUAAUAUGCUGCAAAUUAAGUUGAGAGAAAGCCUCAAAGGUAGAAAGCUCCUCAUAAUCUUAAAUGAUGUCUGGAAUGAGCAGUACACUGAUUGGGACAUCUUCAAGAACUCUCUUAGGCAAGGAGCAAUAGGGAGUAAGAUCCUUGUGACGACGCGCAGUGAGAAGGUGGCGUUGAGGAUGGGCAGCGAACCAUGUCAUUACUUAUCACCAAUAGGGGAUGAAGAUAGUUGGUGUUUGUUUGAAAAGCAUGCUUUUGGUUUGAUAGAUCCCAUCGUGUAUCCCAAACUUCGAACAGUGGCAGGUCUUUUGCACUCAAAGCUGGAUGUAGAAAAAUGGGAGGACGUUUUGAUUAGUGAUAUAUGGAAUUUGCCAAAUGAUCCCAAUGAUAUCCUCCCAGCUCUAAGAUUGAGUUAUAAUUAUCUGCCUUCUCAUUUAAAAGGUUGCUUUGUUCUCUUAUCAAUAUUUCCCAAGAAUUUCCCUGUUGAGCAAGAAGAGAUGACACGAUUGUGGAAUGCUAAUGGCCUUUUGCAGCAUCCUCAAUAUGAUAAAGCAAUUGAAGAUGUGGGGAACCAGUAUUUUGCUGAACUAAGGGUUCGAUUCUUUUUUAAAAGGAUUGGUAACAAUAAGUUUUUAAUGCAUGAUUUGGUCAACUAUUUGGCUCAAUGUGUUUCUUCAAAGUUUUGUGCUAGGCUGGAGAAUAACUGGCAAAACUAUACACCUGAAAGAGUGAGGCACGUCUCAUGUCUUAAAGCAGAUUAUGAUGUGGUUGAGAAAUUCAAAACGCUUAAAGAUGCCAAGCACUUGAGGACGUUAGUAGCGGCACAAAAGGGUGAGGGUAUGUAUUACUACUGGUUACUGGGUAAUAAGUUUGUACAAGGUUUGCUGCCAUUUCAUAGAUCUUUAAGGGUCUUGUCUUUGUCUAAACAUCGUGGAAUAACAGAAUUGCCUCCUUCAGUAAUUGGUAAUUUAAAACAUCUCCGUCUUUUAGAUUUAUCUUCAACAGAAAUUCUAAAGUUGCCAGGAUCAGUAUCUACUCCUUACAAUCUUCAGAUGUUAUUGUCAGGCUGUGCAUAUCUUAAUGAAUUGCCCGAAGAAUUGGGGUUAGAGAAUGUUGUUAAUGGAAGAGAUGCGGCCAGUGCAAAUCUGAAAGACAAGAAACUAAAUGAGAAUCUUGUAAUGGAAUGGAGUGAUUCUGAUGUUGAAGAUUUAUUUAGCGUGAGGGACACACUUGACAAGUUACAGCCACAUAUGGGCCUAACAAGAUUCCCUGAUUUGCUUGGAGAUGAUUCAUUUGUGAAUUCGGAAACCUUACACCUUGAGAGCUGCAACUGCUGCUUCUUACCAGCCCUUGGUCAACUAUCCUCAAUGAAAUUCCUCACAAUAAGCAAAAUGGAUGAAAUAAGAAAUGUAGGGGAAGAAUUUUAUGGCUAUAACGCUGUUAUUAGACCAUUCCACUCUCUAAUCUUCCUGAAGUUUGAGCAAAUGAUGGCAUGGGAGAGAUGGAAAAUAUUGAACAAUGGGUGUUCUCUAGUUUUGAAGAGCUGCACAUAA